AUGAAGAUGGAGCUCGUCGGGGUUAACGUGAUGCUUGCAGCCGCGGGGUUUCUUCUGUGUACCAGUGGUGGGUCCGCCGCCCCCAUGUUGUGCCACUUCGACUCCAGAGCACUGUGUGUGUUCGAGGGGAGGCAGUACUCGCUGGGUGACACCUGGAUGGACGCCUGUAUGCAGUGCACCUGCCUGCACCCUGUCGGCGUUGGUUGCUGCGAGACGGUGCAUUGGCCGGUGGAUUUCCCCGCGUGGUGCGAGGUGCGGGUGGAGUCACUGAUUUGCAAAGUGUCCCUGGUCCAGACCGCAGACCCCCGCUUGCCCUGCUACCCUGGCGAGGGCAUCAGGGACCCCGGCCACGGGUCGCUGAAGCAACACCUGAUGGGGUAG